AUGCGAGUCCGUGUUUCAGCCGUCUUGCUCCUUUUGAGCGCCUUGCUUCUUUUUUGGCUCAGUGAGCCCGAGGUCCUCCAGGGCGCAGACGCGAUUUCGCUCUCUGUGGGGAAAAAAAGAAAGAUGGCGGCGGAAAUGAGUGAGGAAGAGAAGAAAAAGAGGCUAAAGGAGGCCAAGAAACUGGAGGAGAAGGCGCGAAAGCAGACCCAGAAGCAGGAAGAAAAAGAAAGAAAGCAGCGCGAGAAAGAGCGACAGAGGCGCGAAAAAGAGAAAAAGAAGGAAGAAAAACAGCGACAGGCGGCUGCAAGGGCGAAGAAGAAUUAG